GUUUAAGAUUGUCAGAAGUAGAUUUUGAAGAGAUUGAAUUCUUUUUUGAUAAUAUUUUAAAUAUAACAGAUUUAGAAUUAAAAGAUAUUAAAUUUGUAACAAAAUUUCACAUUGUUAAAUUAUUUAAUUUGAAACAUCUUUCAUUAAUUGAUAUGAAUAUUGAUAAUGACGAUAUUUCAUUUAUAAUGACUAAACUAAAAAAUUUACAUUAUUUAAAUAUACAUUCUGUAGAUUGUUAUAAAAGAUAUUCUGAAAAACAUUUGGUAGAAGCAUCAAUUUAUUAUGAAAAUAUGAAAAUAUUAGAAAUGGGAAAUCAUAAUGAUAUAAAAAUUUUUAAUAUAGAUAAAUUACGAAUUAAAAGAAAAAAGAAAACAAAUAUUUAA